AUGCGGAGGGAGGGCCUCAGUGCCCCAACCAAGCAGUCCCGGGAAGGCAUUCCUAGCUCAGAGCCUCUGCUGGAGUCUACGCUGGAAGGGGCUCCUGAGAAGGCCAAGCUAGAACUUAAUACGGCCUCAGUGCCCCAACCAAGCAGUCCCGGGAAGGCAUUCCUAGCUCAGACUCUGCUGGAGUCUACGCUGGAAGGGGCUCCUGAGAAGGCCAAGCUACACCCGGGAGGAGCAGAGGACAACGUCUACCAUAGCACUGCCUGGGGCCUGGCCCCGAGAUGGGAGCGGGCAUCAGAGAGAAAACUGUCAGUAUCCCGGGCCCUGUUCACCUCCGCAGGGGGCCAGCCGCUCAUCCUGUCACAGGCUCAUGCACCUGGGCAAGUCCUGGGCAACGGGCCUGUGGGAGUGAACAAGACGAACUGA